CACCGCCAUGUGGGCGUGACCCACCGGCUUACGAGCAACAACCAAACCAGCUAUUCAGCGCUGAAUGCAAGUCAUCCUGACUGUAUCAUUUUGACGGUGGUAGGGGUGGAGGAUUUAUCCUGUAGUUUGCUUGUCCAGCGGUUAGUGGCGGAGUGGCAGUAGUACGGCUGUCACAUUUCACUGCAGCCAACCAAACGCUGUUUAGCAGCUUGUUAGCUUAGCGUCCGAGAGCACAUGGAUUCUCAAAACACUACCAACGCCAACACUGAGGCAAAGAUGCUGCUGAACCACGCCAAGACUUUCAGGCUCCACACCGGGAAUCUGGUCAGCCGAAGUCGCCUAAAAAAGAAGUGUCCGGGCUCCCCCAGCGAGGAGCUUCGAGACUGCAUUCAAGCCACGCUGAGCGACUGGAUUUCCACAGCAAAGCUGUCAUCCAAGGACUUGACUGAAAUACUGGAGUGCUCCAUACCAGAGGCAACAGAUGCUAUCACACCUGAAGAGAGAGAGGAGGUGAAGGUUUCAGUCAAGCUGUUCCUGUGUGAGUCUGGUCAGUCUUCCAUCAAAGAAGCAGUGGAGAUGGCCUGCCAGACGCUGGCAGUGUCCCAGCUUGACUCUGUUAUCAUAGCUCCACCUGGGCCGUUGGAAGGUGACAGCCAAAGUUUGGCUCACCUUCAGCCUGCCUGGGAGGAGCUGGAGGCUCUAGUUAGAAGUAAGCAGAUAGCUGCAAUUGGCACCUCUGACCUGGACAAAGAUCUGCUUGAACAGCUCUAUAACUGGGCUCAGAUAAAGCCUAGUAGUAACCAGGUCAACCUGGCUUCCUGCUGUGUGAUGCCUCCAGACCUGACAGCCUUUGCAAAAGAGUUUGAUAUCCAGCUGCUGACGCACAAUGAUCCCAAAGAGCUGAUAUCGGCUGGCACGUUCCAGGAGGCAGUCCGAGAGGGAGCUCAGGACCUGAACAUCGCUGACUGGAGGCUGGAGUGGGUCUUGCGCUACAAUGUCAUUGUCAAGAGCAGGGGCAUCAUCAAGUCUAAGGGCUACCUUGUCAGUGCAAAGAAGGCGAGCACCUAGCACAAAAAACUAAAAUCAAAGAGAGGGAUAAAGCCAUUUUCCUCCAUUUUUAUUCACACACAUGCAAAGUAACAGCUCUGAAUAAUGGGUGCUGCCAAUCACCAUGAAUCAUGAAGUCAUUGUUUAAUUGUAUGGAUAGGGUUGCAUCUUCCUCAUCGAUGAUUCAUUCAGUUUAAGAGAUACGGGUGUUCAUUACCAUUGUCUCUGUGAGAUUUUCAAGUCGGAGAUGAACGUGCAAGAUCAACUCCCGAGUCAGCUUGGAGAGAAAAGACUGAUAAAGUGAGAUUAGCAGAUGGUGACUCACCGAGACACCGACAUGUCAGUUAACACACCAGAGGCUGGUAUAAUGAUGGAAGAUGCUGCUCACUAAACUUCCAAGGUGAAGGAUUUUUAAGUGCCUCACAUCUACUCCUUCUAUUACCUUUGUCUCCUCUGCAUCUGUGUGAAUCACACUUUGAAUAUCAGUAGAUAAAGCAAGAGAAGAGUUUGUCAGAGAAUAAUUUCAUGCUCUAUGCGGACAGAGGAAAUCAUUACACAUUUGGUGUGUGCUUGAGAAGGAGGAAAGAGGGGCCUGAUUUUUAUCCAUACUGUUUAGAGUUUUCAUGCUAUAUAACAUUUACAUUCCUUCAUUGUGAAAACCCCAAAUACACGAGCGAUGGUUGGGUACACAGGUGGUGGUGUGAUGAAGUCUGAAUUAGACUUUAACUGGUAAGGCAGCCAUGUGAGUACAUAUAACUCUGCUCUGUGAUGCUCUGGUUUUUUUUGUUUGUUUGUUUUCUAACCAUGUGCUUUUUUUUUGAAGAUGCAUCAAAAUGUUUACCCUCACCCCCUAACUUUGUUCAUAAGAUUAAUUAGAGGGAGUUUAUAAACUAACACAUUAAAUGUCUUUAAAUGUAUAGUGCUGGAAUAUCUUUCCCAAGGAGAUGAGAAAAAACUUCUGAAGAAGAGGUUUAUAUUUAUGAAUCAAAGGUUUUUCUGAACAGAGUCCAGUAACUCCUCAAAAUUGUAAGUGUACUGUAAACAUGUUUAACAUUAUGUGUCUGUAUAUUGAGAAUUGGGUUUAAUAAAAUGAAGACUUGGAA